GAGUGACCCCGAGCCAUGGCUUGCGAGAGGAAGGGCCUCUCGGAGCUGCGAUCGGAGCUCUACUUCCUCAUCGCCCGCUUUCUGGAGGAUGGACCGUGUCAGCAGGCGGCUCAGGUGCUGAUCCGCGAGGUGGCCGAGAAGGAGCUGCUGCCCCGGCGCACCGACUGGACGGGCAAGGAGCACCCCCGGACCUACCAGAAUCUGGUGAAGUAUUACAGACAUUUAGCACCUGAUCAUUUGCUGCAAAUAUGUCAUCGAUUAGGACCGCUUCUUGAACAAGAAAUUCCCCAGAGUGUUCCUGGAGUACAAACUUUGUUAGGAGCUGGAAGGCAGUCCUUGCUUCGCACAAAUAAAAGUUGCAAACAUGUUGUGUGGAAAGGAUCUGCUCUUGCUGCAUUACAUUGUGGAAGGCCACCUGAGUCACCAAUUAACUAUGGUAGCCCACCUAGCAUUGCUGAUACUUUGUUUUCAAGGAAGUUGAAUGGGAAAUACAGGCUUGAGAGACUUGUCCCAACUGCAGUAUAUCAGCACAUGAAAAUGCAUAAAAGAAUUCUAGGACACUUAUCAUCUGUGUACUGUGUAACUUUUGAUCGAACUGGCAGACGGAUAUUUACUGGUUCUGAUGACUGUCUUGUAAAAAUCUGGGCAACAGAUGAUGGGAGAUUAUUAGCUACUUUAAGAGGACAUGCUGCCGAAAUAUCAGACAUGGCAGUGAACUAUGAGAAUACCAUGAUCGCAGCUGGAAGUUGUGAUAAAAUGAUCAGAGUGUGGUGUCUUCGAACAUGUGCGCCUUUGGCUGUUCUUCAGGGCCACAGUGCAUCUAUAACUUCACUUCAGUUCUCACCAUUGUGCAGUGGCUCAAAGAGAUACCUAUCCUCUACUGGAGCAGAUGGCACUAUUUGUUUUUGGCUCUGGGAUGCAGGAACCCUUAAAAUAAAUCCAAGACCUACAAAAUUUACAGAGCGCCCUCGACCUGGAGUUCAAAUGAUCUGUUCUUCUUUCAGUGCUGGUGGAAUGUUUCUGGCCACAGGAAGCACAGAUCAUAUUAUUAGGGUUUAUUUUUUUGGUGCAGGUCAACCAGAAAAAAUAUCAGAAUUGGAAUUUCAUACUGACAAAGUUGACAGUAUCCAGUUUUCCAACACAAGUAACAGGUUUGUAAGUGGGAGUCGUGACGGAACUGCACGUAUUUGGCAUUUUAAACGAAGAGAAUGGAAGAGCAUUUUGUUGGAUAUGGCUACUCGUCCAGCAGGCCAAAACCUUCAAGGAAUAGAAGAUAAGAUCACAAAAAUGAAAGUCACAAUGGUAGCAUGGGAUCGACAUGACAAUACAGUUAUCACUGCAGUUAAUAACAUGACUCUGAAAGUUUGGAAUUCUUAUACCGGUCAACUAAUUCAUGUCCUGAUGGGUCAUGAAGAUGAGGUAUUUGUUCUUGAGCCACAUCCAUUUGAUCCAAGAGUUCUCUUUUCUGCUGGUCAUGAUGGAAAUGUUAUUGUGUGGGAUCUCGCAAGAGGAGUCAAAAUUCGAUCUUAUUUCAACAUGAUUGAAGGCCAAGGACAUGGUGCAGUAUUUGACUGCAAAUGCUCUCCUGAUGGUCAGCAUUUUGCAUGCACAGACUCACAUGGACAUCUUUUAAUUUUUGGAUUUGGCUCCAGUAGUAAAUAUGAUAAGAUAGCGGACCAGAUGUUCUUUCAUAGUGAUUAUCGGCCCCUUAUUCGUGAUGCCAAUAAUUUUGUAUUAGAUGAACAGACUCAACAAGCACCUCAUCUCAUGCCCCCUCCUUUUUUGGUUGAUGUUGAUGGUAACCCUCAUCCAUCAAGAUAUCAAAGACUAGUUCCUGGUCGGGAAAAUUGCAGAGAGGAGCAACUCAUCCCUCAGAUGGGAGUAACUUCCUCAGGACUGAACCAAGUUUUAAGUCAGCAAGCAAACCAGGAGAUUAGCCCACUGGACACCAUGAUUCAACGACUACAACAGGAGCAAGACUUAAGACGUUCUGGUGAAGCAGGUAUCAGUAAUCCCAGCCGUUUAAGUAGAGGCUCUGUAAGUUCUACCUCAGAGGUUCAUUCACCACCAAAUGUAGGACUUAGGCGUAGUGGACAAAUUGAAGGUGUGCGACAAAUGCACAGCAAUGCACCAAGAAGUGAAAUAGCCACAGAACGAGAUCUAGUAGCUUGGAGUCGAAGAGUGGUAGUGCCUGAACUAUCAGCUGGUGUAGCCAGUAGGCAAGAAGAAUGGAGAACUGCAAAGGGAGAAGAAGAAGUGAAGACAUAUAGGUCAGAAGAAAAAAGAAAACACUUUACUAUUCCAAAAGAGAAUAAAAUACCCACUGUUUCGAAGAAUCAUGUUCAUGAGAAUUUUCUGGAUCUUGGAGAAUCCAAAAAGCAACAGGCAAACCAGCACAAUUACCGUACAAGAUCUGCGUUGGAAGAGACUCUCAGACCUUCAGAAGAGAUAGAAAAUGGCACCAGCUCUUCAGAUGAAGGUGAAGUUGUUGCUGUCAGUGGUGGAACAUCAGAAGAGGAAGAGAGAGCUUGGCAUAGUGAUGGCAGUUCUAGUGACUACUCCAGUGAUUAUUCUGACUGGACAGCAGAUGCAGGAAUUAACUUGCAGCCACCAAAGAAAGUUCCUAAGCAUAAAACCAAGAAAACAGAAAGCAGUUCAGAUGAAGAAGAUGAUGAAAAACAGAAGCAAAAACAUAUUAAGAAAGAAAGGAAAAAAAUUAAUGAAGAAAAAGAUGGACCAGUAUCACCAAAGAAAAAGAAGCCCAAAGAAAGAAAACAGAAGAGACUGGCUGUAGGAGAACUAACAGAAAAUGGCUUGACACUAGAAGAAUGGUUACCUUCAACUUGGAUCACAGAUACUAUUCCCCGAAGAUGCCCGUUUGUGCCACAGAUGGGUGAUGAGGUUUAUUAUUUCCGACAAGGACAUGAAGCAUAUGUUGAAAUGGCCCGGAAAAAUAAAAUUUACAGUAUCAAUCCCAAAAAACAGCCAUGGCAUAAAAUGGAACUACGGGAACAAGAAUUGAUGAAGAUAGUUGGCAUAAAAUACGAAGUGGGAUUGCCUACUCUCUGCUGCCUUAAACUUGCUUUUCUAGAUCCUGAUACUGGUAAACUGACAGGCGGAUCAUUUACCAUGAAAUACCAUGAUAUGCCUGAUGUUAUAGAUUUCCUAGUCUUGAGACAACAAUUUGACGACGCAAAAUAUAGGCGGUGGAAUAUAGGCGACCGUUUCAGAUCAGUCAUAGAUGAUGCCUGGUGGUUUGGAACAAUUGAAAGCCAGGAACCUCUUCAACCUGAGUAUCCUGAUAGUUUGUUUCAGUGCUAUAAUGUUUGCUGGGACAAUGGAGAUACAGAAAAGAUGAGUCCUUGGGAUAUGGAGCUUAUACCUAAUAAUGCUGUAUUUCCUGAGGAACUAGGUACCAGUGUUCCCUUAACUGAUGUAGAAUGUAGAUCAUUGAUCUAUAAGCCUCUUGAUGGAGAAUGGGGGUCCAGUCCUAGGGAUGAAGAAUGUGAAAGAAUUGUCACAGGAAUAAACCAAUUGAUGACAUUAGAUAUCGCGUCAGCAUUUGUCGCCCCUGUGGAUCUGCAAGCCUACCCCAUGUAUUGCACUGUGGUAGCAUAUCCAACAGAUUUAAGUACGAUUAAACAAAGACUGGAAAACAGAUUUUACAGGCGUGUUUCUUCCCUUAUGUGGGAAGUUCGAUACAUAGAGCAUAAUACACGAACAUUUAAUGAGCCUGGAAGCCCUAUUGUGAAGUCGGCCAAAUUUGUGACUGAUCUUCUUCUGCAUUUUAUAAAGGAUCAGACAAGUUAUAACAUCAUUCCACUCUACAAUUCAAUGAAGAAGAAAGUUUUAUCUGACUCUGAGGAAGAAGAGAAAGAUGCUGAUGUUCCAGGAACUUCUACCAGAAAAAGAAAGGACCAUCAGCCUAGAAGGAGAUUACGUAAUAGAGCACAGUCUUACGAUAUUCAGGCAUGGAAAAAACAAUGUCAAGAAUUGUUAAAUCUCAUCUUUCAAUGUGAGGAUUCUGAACCUUUCCGCCAACCUGUAGAUCUGCUUGAAUAUCCAGACUACAGAGACAUCAUUGAUACUCCAAUGGAUUUUGCUACUGUUAGAGAAACUUUAGAGGCUGGAAAUUAUGAGUCUCCGAUGGAGUUAUGUAAAGAUGUCAGACUUAUUUUCAGUAAUUCCAAAGCAUAUACACCAAGCAAAAGAUCUCGGAUAUACAGCAUGAGUUUGCGCUUAUCUGCUUUCUUUGAAGAACACAUUAGUUCAGUUUUAUCAGACUAUAAAUCUGCUCUUCGUUUUCAUAAAAGAAAUACAAUAACCAAAAGGAGGAAAAAAAGAAACAGAAGCAGUUCUAUUUCUAGCAGUGCAACAUCCAGCCCUGAAAGGAAAAAAAGAAUAUUAAAACCCCAAGUAAAGUCAGAUACGUCUACCUCUCCAUUCUCUGCACCUGCACGCUCAAUACCACCGAGGCACAAUGCCACUCAGAUAAAUGGCAAAACAGAAUCCAGUUCUGUAGUUCGAACCAGAAGCAACCGAGUAGCUGUAGACCCAGUUGCCACUGAACAACCAUCUACUUCUUCGGCCGCAAAGACUUUUAUUUCUAAAACGAAUACUUCUGCAGUGCCGGGAAAAACAAUUCUAGAGAAUUCUUUGAAACAUUCCAAAUCCUUGAAUACUCUUCCAAGCCCUGGUCAAUCCAAUUUUAGUCAUGGCACUAGGAAUAAUUCUGCCAAAGAAAAUACAGAAAAGGAAAAGCCAGUUAAGCGUAAAAUGAAGUCAUCUGUACUCCCAAAGAUGGCUAAUCUUACAAAAUCAUCAGCUGUCAUUGAGCAAGAUUGUAAAAAUAAUGCUCUUGUACCAGGAAGCAUUCAAGUAAAUGGCCAUGGAGGGCAGCCGUCUAAAUUUGUGAAGAGAGGACCUGGGAGGAAGCCCAAGGUAGAAGCUAAUACUAACAGUGGCGAAGUUAUACAAAAAAAGAGGGGUAGAAAACCCAAAAAACUUCAGUAUGUAAAGCCGGAAAACUUAGAACAAAAUAAUGUGCAUCCCAUCAGAGAUGAAGUAGUUCCUUCUUCAACAUGCAACUUUCUUUCUGAAAGUAACAUCGUAAAGGAAGAUUUGUUACAGAAGAAGAGUCGCGGCGGCAGAAAACCCAAAAGAAAGAUGAAGACACAAAAACUAGAUUCAGAUCUUCUCGUUCCUACCAGUGUAAAAAUGCUAAGGAGAAGUAACCGCAAAAAGACUGAUGAUCCUAUGGAUGAAGAAGAAGAAUUUGAGGAACUGAAAGGCUCUGAGACCCACAUGAGAACUAGAAACCAAGGUCGAAGGACAGCUUUCUAUAACGAGGACGACUCUGAAGAGGAGCAGAGGCAGCUGUUGUUUGAAGACACUUCUUUGACUUUUGGAACUUCGAGUAGAGGACGAGUCCGAAAGUUGACUGAAAAAGCAAAAGCUAAUUUAAUUGGUUGGUAACUUGUACCAGAAUAUUUUGUUUCACGAUCUUGAACGCAGGUACAGUUAAGGAAUAUGUAGAACUUAAGGCUUCUGCUUCCUUGCUGCUAUGGUGGGUUAGGGAGUGUUACGGUUUGGUUUGCAGAAAAACAAACAAAUACAAGACACUUCACUUCUUAAAUGAAUAUAUAUAUAAAUAUAUACAUAUAUAUUUUAAAUGUUUCCUAUUUAUUGCCCUUAGGUAGGUUAUGCAUUUCAACAUUCAUUUCGUUCACUGUUUGAAACAAAAGACAUUGUGGACCUGUAAUAAAUUCCAAGUUUGUCUCUGGAAAGACAGUUCUGCUACACACACGAGGAGCCUAGGAAUCCUAAGAUAUUAGAGCUUUCGUGUCCAAAUGAAUUAUUUUUAGCCUAGUCAGAUGCAUUUCUAUUAAUGAAGAACUCAUCCCCCUAGGAAGACAGAAGUUACCAGAGUAGCAGGAAAUUUUAGAAAUGUGUUUCCUCUGAAGGUAAAUACAAGAUUCCCAUCGUUUGAUACUCUAAAAUAAACUUGUAAUUGUAGAAUGCUCAUUCACCAAGACUCCAGAGGACGCUUUUGCUCUCUUCCAUUUCUGCCAAACUUAGAGAAAGUGUGCUGAUGAAAGGAAACAUAUCCACAUUGGAAAACAUUUGACUGUCUAAUUUUUCAGACCUUGAUUCUUAUAUCAAUCACUCGAUCUCUGUUUAUUGUGCCAAAGACUGAGAAUCAGUGCAGUGGAAAGCCCGUUCUUGACUGUCAGGACAGCAUACACUUUUCAAUUUUGGAAAGGAAUAUUAUUCUAAAGAGCAAGUUACUGGAAAAGCUACACUGAGGUGUCUCUUUUCUUUUUUGGUACUAGUAGAAAAUAAUGCACUGGUGGGUCCUUUGACAGAGAUGUGUUAGGGGAACUGUUUAAGUGGUUAAAGGAUUCAAGGAAAAUACAGGAAAAAAGGAAUGGGAUUUGAUGUUUACUUACUGAUCUGGAAUAAUGUCAUUUCUAAACUUUAGACAUGUCUAAUAGGCGAGACAGACUUACAAAGAAAUAUGUCUGUGUGUGUAUGUGUAUAUAUUGAUAAAUGGGUAUAAAUAAAUAUAUAUACAAACACAUACUUAUAUACUAUUACCCAGGUAUAAAUUCUUUUUUCAGGAUUUUUUAGAUAGUAGUAGAAUAAAAAUAAUUUUAAAAUGUCAUACUUUAUAGUUUAAUUUUAAGGGGAAGAUUGGUUAUUUUCAACUAUUAAAGGUUAAAAUAGGCCAAAUCACUUUUUAUGCAAUCAUGUUUUAUACAGUGGUCUCAUUGCACAUUGUGUUUUUUCUGCACUUUUUACGGUAUCCUUAUCACGCUGGUAUGUCAAUAUACACCCUAAAGAAAAAUUCCAUUUAAUGAUUGUGCCUUGUAUUCUAUUAUUUUUUGCAUCAUUAGUAAAAUUAAGUUGUCUAUUGUAAAUGAUAACUAUAUGACUUAGGAGAAUGUAUUGCUAUAUGUACUGCUAUGGAAAAGGAAAGCAGUUAUUUAUUUGUUUAUGGUACAGUUAGUUAUUUUAUACCUUAAAAUCUGACAUAAAUACCAUUUCUAUUGUUUAAAAUUAUUGUCCAUUUUUUUAAAUGAAGAAUGUAGUAUUUUCUGAGGACUGGUAUGGUACAAAAAAUGUAACCAAAAUUUUCAAAUACUACAUUUUUAAAAACGUGAGGAUGGGGAAAAUAUGUAUCAGCAUGACCCUGAUGUAGAAAAAAUAAAGUCUUAAAUUGAACCUUGGCAAAAUAUACAAUACAAUUAUUUCUUUACUUACUUCUGCUAGGGCCUAUGUUAGCUGUGAUUUAAUUGUCUUGACAAAUGGAAAGUGGUGCAUUUGGACUUUUUAGAUUGUUUAUAACUAAAUUUGUACAAAAAUACUCCUGUGAAAUUAAGUAAACCAUUUUCCAGAUUCUUCUUGGAUUGCUGUGAUUUUGCAGUUGGAAGAUAAUUUCAGAUUUUUCAGGUUUUUUGUAUAUUUUUUCUAACAAUUAUAACUAUACUUAAAAUUCAGUAGAUAAACUCUUCAUCAUGCAGAAAUGGAUAACUUGGUUGUACAGUAAAAUGAGUUUUUCAGUUACACCAUGUUGAAAAUAAGUGUGUAUGUUUGAAAUUUAAGUCACUGAUGUGUUGCUUUUGAAGGCAAUCUAUUUGAAACAUGUAAUUUCCUGAUCUUAUCUGCAUCUUGUUAGAAAAAAUAUGACUAAAAUUCAUUUUUGUAAAAUGUACGUGUAUAGUUUUAAGGUGUGCGCAGAAAAAGGAAGAGCAUACACAGUCUUAGGGUAGAAUAUAUCCUCCAACAAAAUGAGUAUUUUACAUCUUACCUUCAACUAUUAUUUUCUCAUGUUGUGAAGACACUGUAUAUUUAUGACAUUUGGACUUUCUUAGACACUGGUUUCUUAGUAAAAUAAAAGUUACUUGGGUCAGGUUCUUGGCAGUUGAAAUACAUAAAGUAUACUAAUUAUUCAGAUGCUUUUAUAUUUUUAUAAUUUAGCUUCUAUGCAUCGCAAAAAUUUGAGAAAUUGAAGCCACCACCAUUCUGUUUUGUUUCAUUAUCUGGAAAAAUAGCCUGUUUGAGACAGUGAUACCAUGUUUUUACUUGUUUAAGAGCCAAAGGAAAUGUUGGCAGUUCUUUUAGGUGAGCAAUAAAAAAAAAACAAAAAACUCAUCCGAGAAAUAUAUCUUACUACAAGCACGGAAAAUAGAAAUCAAUUUACAUAUUUUCAUGUACUUAACUUGAAUAAUCUCUCCUUCUACUCCAGCAUUGGAUCCCAAUUCAAAUUAUAUACACACGCAGUUUAGACAUUGAUCUUCAUUUAUUCUCACACCUCUGGGCAACAGAUAAUAUACCUUCUGAAAAUACUGCCCUUAGCCAUCUCUUACAACAUUUAACUACUUUCUGCAUAUAUUCAUAAACUAGAUCUUGUUUCCAUUGUUUUUAUUCCUGCAUAGCUUCAUCACAAUCUUGACGAUAUUUGAUGACAUUACAACAGUAUUUUCUUUGAAUUUUUAAUGGAACACUUUGAAACUUCAUUAGGUCACAUCUGAAACAUGGGUUUUUACUGAAUCUAAUGCCACUGGGAAAUGAACUUCAAAGCAUCCUCAAGCGGCAUCUGUAUCAACACCUCAAGCACUCUGGCCAGCAGUGAUUUACUACAUGAACACUUGUAGCUUUUGAGGUGUGGCCUCAUUUAUAUGACAUUAUAUAAAUUUCUCAAAGUAGUUUAAUUCUAGCAUUCCAUUUAUACAUACCUGUAGAUCUCAAAUGCUAACUGGAAACAAUUUUGAGUUUCAGUUUUUUUUAUCUAAUAAAAGCAAAUUGUUACUCUAAGUGGUUUUGUUCACCUGAAAUUUAUUUUUGAGUUGGUUGAAAGGACCAAAAGACGAUGUUUGUUUCAAGGGCUCUAAAUAUUCUCCUUAUAUGCAGGAAUUAAGUGAUUUUAAGAGUCAUAAUGGGGGAAGUACUUUUAUGGGCUGUAAAUUGUUCCCAUACAGACAAAGUAUUUUUUACAUAAUGGGUUGUGAAGUGGCUUAGUUACAUAUAGGUGAGAAUUUAGUUUCCUACUAAAAUUGGAAGAAUAAACUUAAUAUUCACUCUUUUCUCCUUGCACUUGCCCUCCGUUUCUCAAACUCCCAAGUGAUUUGAAUUCAGUUCAGAUUUACUAAGAAAUUAUUUUUGUUUUGGUUACACUAAGCACUCCAAAUGGAAAGUUAUUUUGUACUAUGUACAAUAGGAAGAAGUCAGAAGACUGUAGGUACCGCCUUGGACGCUCUGGAGUUAUACCUUGUACACACUGCAGUGAACCAAUUGGUAAAUUUUGUGAGCUAUAAAUAUUUUUAGUUUUGAUAGCUCUGAAAUUUUUUUGUAUGCAGAUAAAAUCAUCAGGAAAUUAACCUUAAAUGGCACAAACCAAAUACAUGCAAGUGGUAGCUGAGUUUUACAUUUAAGGAUCUAAGAGCAUAGAUUUGAGAUGAUAAUACAGGACACACGUAUAUGAUGCAUAUGCAAACAUCUGAUUUAAGAUUGUGCAAGUUGAUUAGUCACAAUGUCAAAGCAUAACUUGCCACGAAGUACAGUUACAUUUUGGACCAUAUUAAAACUACAAGAAGACAGGGUCUUACUAAAGAUCUUCUAGAAAAUUUUUAAAUCCUGUCACACUAGACAUGUAGAAUGUAGCUCAAUUUUUUUUUUUUAAGUAACUGACCUAGAGGGUGAAAGUUGAAACUGACAUUUUCAAAUUAAAAUUAUGCUUAUUUUGUACAGAAAACUGUUAAGCAAAUUUGUUGUAUGUAAUAAAUAACAGAGUUUUAAAACAAAUUAUUUAGCUUUAUUGAAGUUUUGUUCCUUUCUUUCUUGAAACUUGGAGUAUCAUGUUAUAAAUGGCAGUCUCACAUCCGAAUAGCAGUGCCCUUUCUUUUUUGUACAUAAUGAUUGGACCUUUCAUUACUGUUAUGUGGACACUUUCUAUGUUAGUUUUGAUGCAUAAUUCUUUGAAUCCUUUUAUACGAACUAGAAUGUAUGUGUAAGAAUUCCUGUCCCUGCAAUGUAGUAACUACAAACUUAUUUUUAAAUAAAUAGAAAACUUGUUUUUCUAA